GGAAGUGUAAAGUUUGUCCCAUACGACUUUCUGUCGAACGGUGCUGUCAUGUCUGCCCCGUUAAUGUCUCUACACAGAUGUUGCCAGCGGUCAGCCUUCCUCCUUGUUGCUAGGAGACACUGGAGCUCCAGCUCAUCAUCUCCACCUCCCCUUCUCUCGAGGCUCCUCCUCAACCUCACCCAGCGUUUCUAUGAUGUAGAGAUGCUCCUGAGCUGGAGGUCUCAGAUGAGUAGGAAGCAACUCCAGAGAAAGAAUGUUUACUAUGGCUACACACAAAGGUUCUAUGGGCCAGAUGUAGCAUGUGCAUACUACAUUUUGAGUCUGGGUGGAGGAUUUCGGUACGUUGGCCAGUCGGAGUGGCUCCGUCCAAACCACAGGGGCAAGCUACCUUGGGAUUUCUUGAAUCAUAAAGACACACCUUUAGAGGAAAUCGACAUGAGUCACACAGUCAUCAACUACAAAGGACUGUUUAACCUGGAAAAACAACAGCAUUUGCGAGUUCUUAAAUUACAAGGGUGUCCUGAGGUGGAUGACUGGUUCCUGGCUAAACUCCAUGUGUUCCAGGACUCUCUGGAAGAGUUGGACAUUUCUCAGUGUCCACGCAUCACCACAGGCGGCUUGGCUGCACUCAGGAAUCUCAAGGGACUGAAGCAUCUGAAUGUGUCCUCCCUACCAAGAAUUUCAAGUCCUGGGUUGGUGAUCAUCCUGCUAGAGGAGAUGUUACCGCAGUGCCAGAUCAGAGCCGAUGGUUAUGACCUGAGGCAGGCAGGAGGGGAGCCCAUAGAUCAGCAGAUACAAAGACAGAGGUAGUGCAGGGAUGGGAGCAGCAGUCACUUAUGAAAAUCAUAGGAGGGAACUCUUUCCACUCGUGUCUACAGUUUUUACGAGAUGUGGUUUAUCUACUUACAUUUGCUUGUGUUUCUUCGUAUAAACUGGUUACAGACUCAUGAUUAAACAUGUGCAUCAAAUUAAAACAGAAAGAAGGGGAAAUGCUGCCGGUGUGGAACAGUUUUUCUCAUGUUUUGUUAGAUUAUGUGGAAUUCAGUAGAAAUAGCUGUAAUCGGUCUAAAUGGUUUCCUGCAUCACACCUCUCAGUUUGUAGGUAAAAGUGCACAGAAAUCAUGUAAAAUUUUAUAUUUCCAAACUGAUUUGUCUCAUUCCAGUUGUACUUUGGCUGCCAUGACUUCAUUUGAUACUGACUGUAAUAUGAUUGUAAAUAAAUAAAUAAAAUUAAAAU